AUGUAUAUGUCGCCAUUGGUGCCAAUUGCAAUGUCUUGCAGGGCGGCCACGCCUUGCGAAAUCACGCCAAACACUCGACAUUGUUGGGGUGAAUACAGCGUCGAUACGAAUUACAUCACCACGAUUCCGGACACUGGCCGCACAGUCGAGGUCUGGUUAUCUGGAGAAGAAGCUACCUGCAACCCAGAUGGAUUCGAACGCACUUGUAUGACGUUCAAUGGAACGAUGCCAGGGCCGCCCAUUGUCGCAAAUUGGGGAGACACUCUCAUCGUUCAUGUAACCAAUAAUCUCAAACAAACGCUCGAUACUGUUUUCAACGAUGGAGUCCCCGGCGUUACCCAGUGUCCGAUCCCUCCAGGAGAGUCCAUGACGUACAAGUUCAAAGUCACGCAAUACGGCACGAGUUGGUACCACAGCCAUAUUUCGCUUCAAUACUCCGAAGGGCUCUUCGGCGCUUUAAUAUUUCAUGGUCCAGCUUCCGCCGACUACGACGAGGACCUCGGGAAAUUCGAGACCGUCUUCCAACCGGGAAAGAAAUAUCUGAUCCGCUUGGUCAACGUCGCCACUGACAGCCAGUUUCAAUUCAGCAUCGACGGCCACAAACUCACGGUGAUCGCCAACGACUUUGUUCCCAUCAAGCCUUACGUUACAGACAGUGUGACUACUGACUACUGGCUACGAGCUUAUUGGGUCAACAUCUGCGCUGGGACCGCGAACGACAAUCCGAAGGACUCCACGGGAAUUGUUCGGUAUGAUGCUACGAGCAAGAAUGAUCCGACAAGUGUCAGCGUUGUUCAACCUCCCAAGAUAUGCAAUGACGAACCGCUGGAAAACCUGGAACCGUAUCUGAACGUGGACGUGUCGAAUAUCGGUGGAAUUACGCUUGAAGAGCUCCGCGUCCGUUUUACUCAUGAGGCCCUGUUUACAGGGACCAUCAAUAGCAGCACCUUGCAGCUAGACUGGAGCAAUCCGACUCUUAAUCGUGCCUACAAUAACGACACAAGUUUUCCGACUGAGUUGAACGUCGUUUCGGUAGAUAAGAAGACUUCGUCCGACGACGAGUGGACUGUCCUAGUUAUUGAAAAUAAGGUCCUGGGUCUCCUUGCGGGCAUUUCCCACCCCAUACAUCUACAUGGCCAUGACUUCUGGAUUCUAGCGCAGGAGAACGGCCCCUGGGACGGAACCGCCAAUGGUUUCAUGACGAAAAAUCCCCCACGACGUGGUACGGCUGUACUGCCAGCCCAUGGACACCUCGCGAUAGCUUUCCGCCUCGAUAACCCUGGCUCAUGGCUCCUACACUGCCACAUUGCGUGGCAUGCAGGUCAAGGUCUAUCCAUGCAGUUUGUCGAGAGGAAGAGUUCGAUUGAUUUCAAGCCAAUAGAGAAUGGAUUCCACGAACUUGGUGAACGGUGGGAUGCAUGGUCGGCAAAUGAGACAGACCCGGAGGACGGAUCCGGUAUCUAA